UGUGUAUAACGGCUAAUUAAAGUCUGUAUUUUCCGGAAAUUUUGAAAGCUAAUUCUUUAAUUUUUCUUUCAAAAACAGGACAAAUUUUGGGCUUUCGAGAGCGUUGUCAAGGAUUUGUGUGACACGUGGAAAAAAUUGGUUGGGUUUCAGCGGAUAGGGGGAUAUCUGAGAGCCUACGUACUUAUCUAUCCAAGUUUCUGUGGGUGCACUGCAACACUAGACUUGGGACCAAUAAUAUCAUUGAAUUUAAUUUUCCGAUCCAUUUCCUAGGAAAUAUUGAAUAGAAAUGGCAACCAUCACUUCUGUUACUCCCACUUCCUCAGUAACCCGCACGGAUCUCGUAUACAAGCCAUUGGCAGGGGUUCAAUCCUCACCUGUUCUUGCGUUGCCAGCAAUGGCGAAGAUGGGCGGGAGAGUGAGAUGUUCCAUGGAGGGGAAGCCUAGAAUAAUGCAGGAAAGUGGAUCAAAGAUGGGGAUGGGUGCGUCAAUGAUGGCGGCAGCCUGCGCAGCAGCCAUGUCAAGCCCUGCGGCCAUGGCUCUGGUGGACGAGAGACUGAGCACUGAGGGGACAGGUCUUCCCUUUGGUCUGAGCAACAACCUUCUAGGCUGGAUCCUGCUUGGUGUGUUUGGUCUCAUCUGGUCUUUCUAUACCAUUUACACAUCUACUCUUGAAGAGGAUGAGGAUUCGGGAUUAUCCCUCUAAUUCAGCAAAAGUUUUCUUUGAAGAAACCGAAUGUAUAAAACUACCUUCUCAUGUGCUGUUGUAGUAAAACUGCCUUGUGUUUUAUAUGUGUUUACAGCUUGUUUCUUUGCUACCCAUCGAAAAAUGUUGUUAUUCAUCUCUAAUUGCAUAUAUAUACAUGCGAUAUCUUUUGAAUGAUUGUUCA